AUGGCGUUCGGUCUGUACACCCUUUUCGAGGCUAUCGUCCUCAUGCUCAAUGCGGUCUGCAUCCUUAAUGAGCAACGUUUCCUCGCCAAACGUGGCUGGACUCCUGCCAGUUACGAAUUUGUGGGCGACGCUACCUUCAAGUCUCGGCUACUGACCUUCAUUACAUCAGUGCGGACAGUUAUGCGAAUUCCUCUGAUAGGGCUGAAUUCGGCACUAAUAAUCUUCAAACUGGUGUUGGGUUAA